AUGGAGUCCAAUACUGAUGAUUUGAGCACUACGCUGUAUGGAACCGUGACUGCCGAUGGUCCAGACGGCAUAAGACUGAUCCAUCUGCUUCCGGGUGCGCUCACCGACGAGCUCAGAUGCACCCUCGUCGGCGCGGAUCUUCCCCCGGACGCCAACAGCAGCAGCCCGCCGCCCUAUGAAGCCCUCUCCUACGUCUGGGGCCCGCCGGUCUUCGACGCCAUGAUUGUCUGCAACGAAGACAUCCACUUCAAGAUCACCAGCAACCUGCACCGCUCCCUCGUGCGCCUGCGCGCCCUCGACCAGCCCCGCGUUCUCUGGGUCGACCAGAUCUGUAUCAACCAGGCCAGCAAGCCGGACCGCGCCGCGCAGCUGCAGACUACCCUCAUCGAGUUUAUCCAGACGCUGGCCAGCGCGCGGAGGCAGCAGCACCGCGACGGGCUGACCGUGAGCGACGGCAACGAUGUGCGCAGCGCCUUGCAGCUUUCCCAGAUGGACGCCGCGCAGCGGAAGCGGUACGGCCUCCCGGGCUGGCAGGAUGCGCGCUGGAAGAUGCUGCUGUACAUCUACGCGGCCUUCUGGAUGCGGCGGACGUGGAUCGUGCAGGAGGUGGCGCUCCCGCGCAAAGUAGACGUCAUGAUCGGCCCUGUUCUCAUGGACUGGCAGGGCUUCUCGUCCGUCCUGUUCUACGUGGAGUCCUUGAAGGUCUUCGGGAUGGAUUUCGGGUCGCUGAGCUCCUGGAAGGCCUUCUUGGCACUCGGGGCCAGAAGGGCGCGUACGCAGAAUGGCGAGUUCAGCCCUCUGUCCGAAGUACUGUUUGAGCAUCGCCGCGGGAAAGCGACGGAUGCGCGAGACCGGGUAUUCGGGCUGAUGGGGCUAGCGGCCGAGCGAGAAAAGAUGUCCCUAGUAGCAGAUUACGAGGCCAGUGUUAUGAGCGUAUUCACGGAUGUAACCGUGGACAUGUUGCGCCGAUCCGGAAAUCUCGACAUACUUGGUCUUGUCGGGCCGGUCAGGACAGACCGCCCGGAAGGUUUGCCUUCGUGGGUGCCUGAUUACGGGAGCCCCCAGGGCCCGCACCCCGUCACCAAGAGAGGCACGAUAUAUACUACAAAGAAUCCACAAGUCUCGACCAUUUUCGCGGCCAGCGGUCGUCUUCAACCUUUUUUCAGUAUCGACGAAAGGCACGCGCUUGUACUACCGGCCGUAAUCAUCGGCGAAAUCGGCGAAUUAGCCGGGUGUUGCGUGGGCCAACAAGACGACGACGUGGAUGUGCAGCAUGGACUUGGCCAGGUUGGUGUGGCCUAUGGCUUCCAGCAACUUCCAGAUCAGAUCGAAACCCGCAACACAUCUUUAUCAUGGGGGAACCUCACACACAAAAUUAUGGAAACAUCUCCAGCCUACUACGAGGCAACGGGCGAGAGUACGCGAGACGCCCUCCUCAUGACGGCCUUUGAAGGACAGGGUGAUAAAAUCACAGACGAAAUCCGCGCUCUGUACGGCCUUGAAGGAUUUUCUCUCGCGGUGUGGAGGAUCCUGACUUUGGGCAGAGGAUGCAUGUGGCUUCCGGCUGCUAUGCCUCUUGCUCUUGCCCAGGGGUUCCUCGUUUUUAUCAGCAUGCCUUUCUGGAACAUGCUUGGAUACCCAUCAGUUUCGACGGUCAACAACUACACGGAGAUGACGAAAGACGCAACCGACCGACGCCUUUUUUGCACUACGACGGAUGGCUUGGUCGGGCUCGCACCGCCCGGUUCGGUCCCGGGAGACAAUGUCGCCCUCUUGCAGGGCGGCAGGGCUCCGGUGGUUCUGCGUUAG